GUAGGUAAACAACUACAUCUACAAGUAUAUAAUUUUGCUGUUAUUUGUUGAGAACGCCACCGACCAACUUAACUAUUCUUAAGGAAUUGCGAAAAAUAAGCUACACAGGCUCGAGUUGGAAUGGAUGAAUUGUUGCAGAACCAUUUGUUUGCAACCCAUGCAAUUGCUGCUUCAGGUUCUGUAGUCUUUGGCACUGCUCUUACUUAUCCUCUUGAUACCAUCAAAUCCCUUAUCCAGGUUGGUUCAGGUUCUAGUAAACAAUUAAGUGCCUCUCAGGUUAUAAAACGAGUUCAAGCUUUGUCAGGGUAUUCAGGUUUGUACAGUGGCUUUGAGUGGUUGGCCUGGGGGAGAAUUUUCGGUGUGGCAGCUCGCUUUGGAACAUAUGAAGUUUUGACAGCUUUCUAUAAAGAUGGUCGAGAAGACAAUUUUGUGUAUGUCUCUGAGGCCCUUAUGGCAGGGAUUGCAGCUGGUGCUGUGGAGGCACUAACAAGCACACCAUUUGAACUUAUUAAACUCCGUGCACAGGUUACCUCUGCUUCUCGCAUCUCAAGAGCAACACCAGUAACAGGGAAUAAAACUGUUAUGCCAUCAAUUUCCAGAUUAUUACGUGGAUAUACUCCAGAUAUGAAGGCAUUGAACAAUGCUGUCGGUAUGUUGUCCAUUUUAAACAGCAAGCACCCUAAUAUGGUUGGUGCCAUACAAGAGUACCCUUGGAUGAUGACUGGGUCUGGAAGGCCACCAUCAGUUUAUGAUGUCCGGAGACCAUCUGAAAUAAUUUCUUUGGAAGGAUGGAGUGCAUUUUGGAGAGGCCUUCGUUCGGGAGUUGCUCGAGACUCUGUAUUUGGUGGCAUAUUUUUCUCUUCUUGGGACUGUUUGCACCAAAUUAUGCUUAAUUGGAAGGCGGCCGGGAUGGAUCCCCCACCCAGGUAUGAUGAAGAAAUCGGUCCACUAUCCCCUGUAGCUGCUAGUCUUGCAGCAGGGUUUUCGGGUUCAGUUGCUGCUGCUGCAUCUCAUGGUUUUGACACAGCCAAAAGUCGAUCACAAUGUACAGUGUUACCCAAGUUCAUUUCAAUGGAGAGAAAGCUUCUCAAGUGGAAAACACCAGGGAAAAGAUUCGAGAAACUCGUCGGCAUCCACCCUGAAGAUAGAAACCUCUUGUUCCGGGGUAUGUGGUUACGGAUGGCUCGUAGUGGAAUCGCAUCGUUCGCAGUCGUCGGAAGUUAUUACUUUUCUGUUGCUUACCUUGUUCCGGGUAAUUGAUCCCCGAGAGCUCUGCAUCGGUAAAAUAUUUAAGAGGGAAG